AUCUCAAUCAUUUCAUCUUUAGGACAAAGCGCAUUUUUCUGAAUGCCCUUUAUACAGUCCCUCUUUCUCAGCAUCAUUUAAAAAUGGUGAUUAAGAAACAUUCGAGAUGAUCCAGAUGGGGCACUCUCACAGUCCAUUCCAAUUUCCUGCAAAAUUCAACGUGGCUUUCGGGUGGCCAUGUUAUCUUCCAAUUGGAAACUGGUAAACCACUUAGAAGGACAUUAGUUGAGCUAACAUUUCCCCGUCAAAGCGAUAAAGCCAUGUCUGCAUACGGUCAUAUGAUGGAGAGGGAAUUUUCCGCUCAAAGUCUUUCAACCAGAGGAGGUUCAGAAGUAGGAAGCCGUUAUACUGUGGAGACGGGGCUUUACAUUACUUCUUUUGCUGCCACAGUCCUCAUUGCUGGACUUGUGACAGUUGGUGUUUCGCUAAUGACCCUAUUGAUUACAUUGGCUGUAAUGUUGCGGUCAUGUCAAACUCAGAGUGCUGGUGUUGUUGAGAGUCUUGAGAUCUGGAAAUCCACCGAUGAUUAUAACUAUUGCAAAACUUUUGUUCUGCAUGCGGAACUAAAUCUUUUGCCUUCAGCUUCUUUCCCAGCAAUGUGCAAAAGCUUUGCUGUUGGUUACAUUAAAGACGGUCACUACCUGAAAGACUUAAAUAUUACAGUUGGAUUGGCAGAGCAAUACUUCAGUAAUCUCAAACCACUUCCUGAUGGCUGUGACGUCGUGUUAAUGGACAUUGAUGACCUCUUGCCAGAAGAUUCUUUCUAUCCCUACCAAGUGCUACAUCGAUUCAAGGAGCAUGUUUGUAGUGAUUGCAUUGAAGAUGUGAAAUAUCUGAAGCACCUAUUUUUUCGACAACUGUACCUGAUACUUAAAGAUGGUGGGUGGAAACUGAUUUUCUUGUCUAGGAAGACUGAGAGACUACAUAAUACCACAGCAGAAUACCUUACUUCUGCUGGAUUUGGUGGAUGGUCAUCGUUAAUCAUGAGAACUGAUAAUGAACUGCAAAUGGACCUACCUGAAUAUUUUUCCCUUCGAAGAAGUAUACUGCAAAAGGAAGGAUUCCGGAUUGUUGCUGUGGUUAGCAGCCAGAUGGAUGCUUUAACCGGCCCAUCUUUAGGAAGACGUGUUUUCAAGCUUCCAAACCGUAUUUUUAAUUUUCAAACGGAGCAUUACCCUGAAAGCAGAGAUGUAUUGAAGUAAACUCUGCCGAUGAAAAUUUUCUUAGGAGAUACUUAGAAGAACCAUGUCUCAACUACAUAUCAUAUGGAAUUUGGCUUGCAGCUUGCAUAAGGGGGGAAUUGUUGAUUUGUCUUGGUUGGAUCUUGAUGGUCCUAGCCUUAAGCUACAUUUAUUCUACUCUUCAAAUUUUUAUUUUUUUAUUUUUGUAAUUUGUAGUAUAUUUUAUUGCUAAUUUGCUCAUAGUGACUUGCCAUUUUUGUUGAAACAGCGAUUUAGAACUUUUCUUCAUCUAUUUAUAAUUCAUUGUCUGUAUUUAUUA